GCAAUAGAGCUAAUUAAAGCGCCUUGGACUGUGGGUUCCAGCUGCGCCUCUUAAGCACCAGUACGGCUAACCAAAUACUGUACCGAAAGAAAGCAAAGGGGGGCUGGAGGGGUAGGGAGAGAAGUGUUUGAAUGAGAGAUGUGGGAGCAAGAGGCAGUCUGGGAGUUGUAGUUCCGGGUCACUGUGUGGCGCGAGUCUGAAGCAAGUGGCGGGAGAAGGCGAGAGGAAGUAAAGAGAGUGCUUUGGUGGAGAGGCAGCCGCGGCGGCCGGGAGAAGCAGCAGUAGCUAAAGCCAGCACCUAAAGCCAGCAGGCUGGUGGUGAAGUCAGCGAAGGGCGGGCGCCUCCCAGAGUCUGUGGUUCCCCGGGUGUGCAUCAGGCAUCCCUUGUCUGUCUUCUGCAACAUGCACAGUCACCCGGAGAGCAGCUCCGGGCGCAGGCCCUAGAGAUGAUCUUUUCGGUUUUGCGUCACCCACUCCGGUGGCUUGGACGGCCCAGGGGCCGUGCAUUGUCCCUCGCCACCAUGGAAGUGGCCUUCCGAGGCGUACGGAAAGUCCUCUGUGUGGCGGAGAAAAACGACGCGGCCAAGGGAAUCGCUGAUCUGCUGUCCAACGGUCGCAUGAGACGGAGAGAAGGGCUUUCUAAAUUCAACAAGAUCUAUGAAUUUGAUUAUUAUCUGUAUGGCCAGAAUGUUACCAUGAUAAUGACUUCAGUUUCUGGACACUUGCUGGCUCAUGAUUUCCAGAUGCAGUUUCGAAAAUGGCACAGCUGCAAUCCCCUAGUCCUCUUUGAAGCAGGAAUUGAAAAAUACUGCCCAGAGAAUUUUAUAGACAUCAAGAAAACUCUAGAACGAGAGACACGACAGUGCCAAGCCCUGGUGAUCUGGACUGACUGUGACAGAGAAGGUGAAAACAUCGGGUUUGAGAUUAUCCAUGUGUGCAAGGCAGUGAAGCCGAGUCUGCAGGUGUUAAGAGCCCGGUUCUCUGAGAUCACUCCCCACGCUGUCAGAACAGCCUGUCAGAACCUGACUGAGCCAGAUCAGAGAGUCAGUGAUGCUGUGGAUGUGAGGCAGGAACUGGACCUGAGGAUCGGAGCUGCCUUCACUCGGUUCCAGACUCUGCGGCUCCAGAAGGUUUUUCCUGAAGUGCUGGCCGAGCAGCUCAUCAGCUAUGGCAGCUGCCAGUUCCCCACACUGGGCUUUGUGGUGGAAAGGUUCAAAGCCAUUCAGGCCUUUGUGCCUGAAAUCUUCCAUAGAAUCAAAGUAACUCAUGACCACGAAGAUGGUAUUGUCGAUUUCAACUGGAAAAGGCAUCGUCUCUUUAACCACACAGCUUGUCUUGUCCUCUAUCAGUUGUGUAUGGAGGAUCCCAUGGCAACUGUAGUGGAAGUCAGGUCAAAGCCGAAGAGCAAGUGGAGGCCUCAAGCUUUGGAUACUGUGGAGCUGGAGAAACUGGCCUCUCGAAAGUUGAAAAUAAAUGCGAAGGAAACCAUGAGAAUUGCUGAAAAGCUCUACACCCAAGGGUACAUCAGCUAUCCCCGAACAGAGACAAAUAUUUUCCCCAAAGACUUAAACUUGAUGGCGUUGGUGGAACAGCAGACCCAGGAUCCACACUGGGGACCCUUUGCGCAGAGCAUUCUAGAACGGGGUGGUCCCACCCCACGCAAUGGAAAUAAGUCCGACCAAGCUCACCCUCCCAUUCACCCCACCAAAUAUACCAGCAACUUGCAGGGAGAUGAACGGCGGCUGUAUGAGUUCAUUGUUCGUCAUUUCCUAGCUUGCUGCUCCCAAGAUGCUCAGGGACAGGAGACGACUGUGGAGAUUGACAUUGCUCGGGAACGCUUUGUGGCCAAUGGCCUCACGAUUCUAGCUCGAAACUAUCUGGAUGUGUAUCCGUAUGAUCGCUGGAGUGACAAGCUGCUCCCUGUCUAUGAGGAAGGCUCCCACUUUCAGCCCAGCACUAUAGAGAUGCUAGAUGGGGAGACCAGCCCUCCACAGCUGCUCACCGAGGCCGACCUCAUCGCUCUCAUGGAGAAACAUGGCAUUGGUACUGAUGCCACUCACGCGGAGCACAUUGAGACCAUCAAAGCACGGAUGUAUGUUGGGCUCACGUCUGACAAGCGAUUCCUCCCCGGACACCUAGGCAUGGGACUAGUGGAAGGUUAUGACUCCAUGGGCUAUGAGAUGUCUAAGCCUGACCUCCGGGCUGAGCUGGAAGCUGAUCUGAAAUUGAUCUGUGAAGGCAAGAAGGACAAGUCUGUAGUUCUGAGGCAACAGGUGCAGAAAUAUAAACAGGUUUUCAUUGAAGCAGUGGCUAAGGCGAAGAAGUUGGAUGAGGCCUUGUCCCAGUACUUUGGGGAAGGAACAGAGACACUGCAGCAAGAAGAGAUCUACCCAGCCAUGCCAGAGCCCAUCCUGAAGUGCCCACAGUGCAACAAAGACCUAGUCCUAAAGACGAAGAAGAGUGGUGGUUUCUACCUUAGCUGCACAGGUUUCCCAGAAUGCCGACUGGCCAUGUGGUUUCCUGACUCAGUUCUGGAAGUCAGCAGGGAUGGCAGCGUGUGUCCAGUCUGUCAGCCGGCACCCGUGUACAGGUUGAAGUUCAGAUUCAAGCGUGGGAGCCUUCCCCCCACCAUGCCCUUGGAGUUUGUGGGCUGCAUUGGUGGAUGCGAUGAGACGCUGAAGGAAAUCCUGGGCCUGCGAUUUUCACGGGGUCCUCCUAGAGGCAGCCAGCCCUCUGGCCACCUGCAGGCUAGCCAGUCUGUGAACAGGAUGGACAGCAGCCACUCCCGCCCUCCCGGCAGUAGACUGACCAGACCCUCACAGGCUCAGGCCCAAAACCUCCUUCUGCCAGCUGCUGCCACCGGUGAGAGCAACUCCGUGACUUGCAACUGUGGCCAGGAGGCUGUGCUGCUCACCGUGCGCAAGGACGGCCCCAACCAGGGUCGGCAGUUCUACAAGUGCAGCACUGGUGCCUGCAGCUUCUUCCUCUGGGCCGACAGCAGCCCUCCCGGCGCGGGAGGGGCCCUUGACUCUGCGUCAAGACUCCCAGGCAGCUCUUUUGGACAUCCAGCAGGCCCAGGCCACCACGCUGAUGGGUUCAGCAGCAACCCUAGUGGGGGCAGUGGCAGCGGCACAUUCUGCCUGUGCAGCCACCCUGCCGUCACCAGGACCGUGCAGAAGGACGGUCCCAACAAGGGGCGCCAGUUCCACACGUGUGCCAAGCCACGGGAGCAGCAGUGUGGCUUCUUUCAGUGGGCUGAUGAGAACACGGCCCCAGGGACUUUUACAGCCCUUCCUUGGCCAAGAGGCAGAGGAAAAACCCAGGGGCCAGAAGCCAGGAGCAAAAGAGCCGGGACCACUUCCUCAGACCCAGGGUCCACAACAAAGAAAUCACGGAAAUGCAGUCUUUGCCACCAGCCUGGACACACCCGCCCCUUCUGUCACCAGAAUAGAUGAAGGCAGUACAGGGUAGAGUGGUCACUUCCUCAGACUGAGAGUUGAAUUAACUAGGACUAGGUGGCUGUUCACUGCUCUAGGAGAGUAUGGCUUUUGGAAUUGGCUUUUGGCUUUUCGUUAAAGAGCACAAAAGCCAGACCUCCCUCAAGAAGGUUGGCUGUGCUAGAUAGUGGCACUUUGCCCAGGGCUCAAGAUAUCACCACAGCCACUGCUGAAAAGACAUGCUGCUGCCCCAUGACACUACCCACCCCCAUAUGGUGGCAAGGCUGGUGGCAGAGGACAUAACCAGUGGUGGCUGUGAACUCACGGCCGUGGCCUACUGCACAGCAAACCGAGAAGCACCUACAGCUUUCCAGGGAGGAGGCAGCACUUCUGUCACAGGCUCGGAGCAGCCCUGAUGGCCAUGCUCUCCAUGCCGGUGCUGGGGUGGAGGGUGUCAUAAUGGGAAGUGGCUCUCCUAAUACCAGAUCUGCAGGGGACACCUCACUUCCAUUUCAUUCAGAAGCCCAGACACCCCUAGCUCAUGUGCCUUAGUAAAUAAUCUAUUACAACUGACAGUGCAGCACAGUGUCUGGUGACAGUGUCUGCCAGCCAGUAGUGGAAGAGGUACUCCCCAACACUGACCCUGGUGACUCCUUCCCCCCUGCCAUAUGGUGAGAGUCAAGCCAAACUUGUCACCUCCCCAAUUUAUCAAUUGGAGCAGAAUUGCGAGUGCAAGACUCAGAACACUGAGCACCCUCCGCCCUUGCCAAGGCUGCAGCGAGGAUAGUAUGUGUCCCUGUGAAGAAUACAUGGUCAGUGUGAUGGUUUUACAGUUCACAGAGAAGCAAGAAUAUGGUUCUUCAAGGGUAUGAAUUUUGUGAUCACAGUUGCCGUAAGCAAAGAAAUAAACUGUUCUCAGCAUUUGGGACUGUAAGCCUCUGCCCUCAAGCCAGCUCUGCUGGCUGGGUGUCAGGGCAAAGGGCUUGUGAAAUACGGGUUCCUGCCCUUGUUCUGACACGGCCUAGUCAGAGGUAAGCAACUGAGUCCCCAAACCUCCAGUGCUGGGUUUUCCCAGCCCCUGGCAGCCAUCUACCUGUUUAUUUCUACAGAUUUAACUGUUCUGGACAUUUUGCAUAAAUAGAAUCCAUAUAAUCGAUAA